CAAAAUAAUAAAAUGAUCGUGUGACGCCAUUUUAGAAACAUACUACACGCAUACGCGAUUAUACUGCAUACCCUUGACAACGUUUCUCGGCAAACUUUAAUCAGUAUACAAUACAAUAUGGGGGGUUAUGAUUAUACGAGAUCAUCUCGAAUAGGACCUGUAAAGCGCAAUUGGCUACAAAAGAAGUACUUUCUAUGGGAAGUGACUUUCGCCACAUACAUGCUGGAGCCUUGGGAGCGAUUGUUAUUUGAUAUCAUCUGGUUCACCCUCAGCCUGCUGGCGUUCUAUUCCCUCAGCCUAUUCCUGCCGGACUUCGGUAUCAGCAGGACCAUCUCAACACACAUCAAAGAGUCAGGGGUUAUAGAAUGGGCACAGAUACAAAUGGUACAACUCGUGGACAAGGUACACGGUGUAUCGGAAGACGUCAAAAAACAAGGGGAAUAUGUUAAACAAGCGGCCAGUUAAGCAAUAGGGACUCGAAGCUCAGCGCAACCAUACAGAGCAUAGUUUGGAAGAUUGUGGAAUGCGAUUACGUAUGAACCCUGUACGAACCAUGACCAACUCAAAUAAGUUGCCAACCACCUAUUUAGCAAUAUUAUUAUUAUCUAGAGAGGGUGAAAAGGAUUUACUUUAAAAUGGACAAGUUAGGCAUCAUUCCUUGGCAGCUGUAACCGCUGUCUGGAAGUAUGUCCGGGAUACGACGUAGAAUCGUGCGAAUUUUUUAUCCCCUGGGCCCAACGAGAUUUUUUUGAAAUACUCGAGUGUGGGCGUCUUGCCCAAAAAUGAGAAACUAUCUGUUAUUUAUCUGGAAAAGUUUGUUUCAACAAAAAAAUUCAUCAUCAACUAUACCUUAUCCGUAUUCGUAAUGAAUGAGUCAUCAAUAAAUAUUCGAAACCUUCGACUUUCAAGUUUCAGGCUUUCGGCUAAUCGGC